UUUAACUUUAGCCAACAGCGGUAAUAAACACUGGCGGCGGUGCGCGUAAAUUUGCCGAACACAAAAAAAGAGCCGACUUAACGAAAUCAUCUCCUCAUACUCUCGAUAACCACAUAAAAAGCCACAAAGAAGAAAAGCAUGCAACAAAGAAGAAAAUUGCAAAAUAAAUUUUAUAAAAAUUAAUGAAAAAAAUAAACAUAUGUGAUUACAAAAUAAAUUUUGCUAUCGAAAAACAAGCAAAAGUAACAAAGAAAAUCAAUAAUUGAAUAAAAUUAUAUACCUACAGCAAAAAAUCAAUGAAUGCAAUUCUCCUCGGGUCAUACAAGUAAAAUAAAUCAAACUUCGUUUUAAUUGUGUGUGGAUUUUUUUUUUUACAUUUCUGAUUGGAAAAUGUUGUACUUUACCCCAUUCAUAAACAUAGAAACCCGUAUUAAAGGUCAAUAAAACAUCACGAGGAGCUAUGGGGGAAAAUCAACAAACCAGAAGUAACAAAGCAAAAAAUAAAUUCUACACGCAAAAUUAUUCAACAUUCGAUUUCAAGCGAAAAUAAUUUAAAGAACAACUCAAGGCUAUGUUUACUAUGUAAAUAGCUCUAUUCACUAAACAUUGACAUGGCUGUUGUUGUGCUGCCACCAUAUGCUGGUCAAAAUACUCUCCAAAACACUGUUAGUUUAAUGACAGCAGUCAAGCGGGCAGGUUAUCCUCAUAAUAAUUAAUUAACAAACAAAAGAGCCACACACAACACGUGCACAACACUCAACUCAAUUAAGGCAAAUGUACCAGUUCCAUCAAUUGCGUUGACAAACAAAAAUAAAAGAAAAAAAAAACAAAUAAAAUCAUUCAAAAAUCUUCGGCAUUUCAAAAACAAACUACAAAUAAUCUGUGGAAACAAAAUAGUGAUUUUUAAUUUAAAAUAAAUUUUGAUUGCAGUGAAAUGAAUUUAAUAAAGGAAAAUAUGUAUAAAUAAAGUGAAAUAACAUUUUCCAAAAAAGAAAAAAACCAUAAGAAAAGUAUUCAUCUAAGUUCUAACUAAGAAACAACAAGCUGCCUUCACCAGCCAGUCAGACCGGUUUGAGAAUGCAUAUUUCCUAUAAAUUUGGAUUAGUUUUAAUAUUUAUUUUAACUGUAAGUUUUUGCCAUACAAGAGCCGCUCCAGCCACAAAUAAAACUUCCACACGCCUCAAUGAUUAUUCCGAUGAUGACUAUGAUGAUGAUUAUUAUGAUGAUAAUCAAGCGGCAGAGGAACCACCAUCACCAGAUGCUCCCGUAACACCUCUAAUUAAUUUGGGCAAUUCACUUUUGAAUUUAUUGGACAUACCCACGCGCAGCAAUCAUGUGGUGGAGCCGAUAUGUCCCAAGGCAUGCCUUUGCCUGGAGGACUAUAAAUAUAUUGAUUGUUCCAAUGGUCGUUUGGUUGAAGUACCCCAUGACAUACCACCCACAGCUAUGAUUUUAGAUUUAAGUCAUAAUCACAUUAAGCAUAUAAAGGCGACAGACUUUUCGCAUCGCCUCAAAUUGCAAGAGAUCAAUUUGAGCAAUAAUUAUAUAGAAGAGGUGACUUCGGCGAUGUUUGAAGAUUUGCCUCGUCUGCAACGAUUACGCUUAGCCUCAAAUCGUUUGACUGACAUCGAUCCAGAUACCUUUAGGGGUGCCUCCGAUUUGAGUUUAUUGGAUUUAAAUAACAAUGCCAUAAAAUUAAGGCGAGACAAAUCAUUUCUGAAUCAACCUUCCUUGCUGGAAUUGAACUGUCGCAACUGCUCGUGGACAGAAAUUUAUGAGGAUACAUUUAAAAAUACGUCCAGAUUAACAGCAUUGAGGAUAGACAACAACGAUUUUGAUAAGAAAAUCAAUACCAGAGCAUUUAUACCGCUGAAAAGUUUGAUUAAACUUCGAGUUCCCGAAUUAAAUCAAAAUAGCACAGAGGAGCUAUGCAAUCUCUUGAAAUUCAUUGAUAAUAUUAGUUUUAAACAUUUCGAGGUGAGCUGUUAUGAAUUGGUAUUGGGAGCCUCAUACAAUGAGAGUAUAAUACUGGUCACGGAUCCGCCCUACAAGCAGCCAACGGGCGUGGAAUUGGAGACAACAACAUACGAUACUGUGGCGAACCCCGCAACAGCAAACACAAACGAAAAAGCAGUUUUGAGCAAAAUGUCUUCGAAUAUGACCUCUCUGCCUGAAGAGCAUUUGGCCAAUGACACAGAAAUAGCCAAGGCCUCUGCGGGCCUUACAGAAACGGGGCCCUCCAAGGAGAAUGUUAAAGGUGAUGAAGAGGAGGCCUAUAAGGUGCCCAUAUCACAAGAAGCUAUCAACCAAAUGUUAAUAGGCCUUAUGAUAAUCUCAGUUAUAGGCAUUAUCAUAGGCAUCUUAUGCCGCAAAGAUGUUUGGGGCAUUAAGACUAAAUGCUGUCGCACCAAAAAACCCAUAGAAGAUAAAGCUAUAGAUAGUAAUGGUCAAGCUGCCGAAGAAAUUCCCUUAAAUAAGAUAGCUUAAGUAAAAAAACUAAGUAUAAGAAGACAAAAAUAGAUAGGAGAAGAAUAAUGCCAAAGUGGGUUAAUUUGCAGAAGCACAACAAAAACUUCCAAAAAAGAAUAAUUAUAAUAAAAUAUGCAAAUUUUGCCCAUGAACAUUCCACUAAGGAACAGGGGCAAACUUUUUCCGCAUCAAAGAGUGCUGUCCGAUUCAAGUUUAAGCUGUGUCCGUACGAGAGAAGUUUUUACAUGACAUAAUAUCUCACAAAUUUAGCCAGCAUUAGGAGGGGGAAAGCCACCGCAGAAAAAUUUGAAAAUAGUCUCGCCUGGAUUCGAACCUAGGGGUUAAGCGUCAUGGGGGGGAAAUUCUAACCUCCGCGCUAAGGUGGCCUCCAAAAUUAUAAUAAAACAAAGACAAAAUAAAUGUGUAUGUCACACUGGACACGCCCUGAUCAAGUGCAGAGUAAAUAAAAUGUUGGCUAUUCCAAGGCAAGAUUUUUGAUACUGCUUAUAUUCGGCGGGAAGAACCUUCUUAAAUGAAGUUUACGAAAAUUUUGGGAUUACGAAAUCAAUUUUCCCAUAUAACAAUGCAUAGCCAGAACUAAGAAUCAUAUGUUAAGAUGAUCCCCAUUGCAUUGCAACUUAGUACCAUUAAUGACCAAGGUCAAUUUCCCAUUCGCGCUCAUUUCCAGACCGUUUCUAUGCACCGGAACGAACUAACUUGAUCCCACAAGGAGCUUAACAAGGAUCGCUUUCUCCACAAAAAUAAUGUGGCCACAACCGUAACCACUUCCCCUUGGCAAAUGUGCCGUAUAACAACAGCCGUUUUUAUAUGCAACCACAUUCAAAUUAAAAAAACUUCAAACAUAAGUUUUAAAAAUUAAUUCUAGACCAUACCACGCUAUUCGGUAACCAGAAUUGAUUCGAACUCUUUGUAGAAUGCAUAGCCCAAUUUUGACAUUCCUCUUCCAGUGUUUAUUCGAUUUCGGGAAAGUGUUGUCUUGUCCGCUUUGGCAUUUCUUUUAUUUAUAGACUAGGUGCUUAUUCUCUCUUCUACAUAUAUAAACAUACCGCCCUCUCA